UUUCAGCUUUCUGUCCUUGAGAAGAGCUGGUAGAAUUGGCUACAGAAAUCACUGUGCUUCCAUGGGCUUUUUGCAUCCUCUGCUUCAUUUGCCUUUUUAAGGACUUGGUGUAGAAGAUCUUGCUUUCUCCAAUUCAAUCAUCCCAAAAUCUGAAGGAAAUGGACUUCUCUGGCUGUGCUGUAGCAAGGAGAGCAAAUACAACUGCAUAUCACCGCAGGGAGAUGGAAUUCAACAGUUCCUCAGAUUUGGAUGAAGCUUCAUUGUACUAUUUGCUGGAGGAAUGGGCUCUCAGCCCAUCAGGCACAAACAUGAAGAUGUUUUUAAUCCCUCCAGUUGUCUGCCUCGUGGCAGGUGUCCUCAUCAUUCCUACAAUCUUGUUUGUGAUCUUCUCCAGGUUUAGCAUCCGUCAGGAAACAAGGUACAUGCUGCUGGGAAAUGCUCUGCUCUCUGAUCUGAUCUACCUUUUGUUCUACGCCCUGUCAGCUGCUCUCAAUGCAGCACGUGUACAUCUCCCAAAGGAAGCUUGUGUCGUCCUAUUAUUUUUGCUGGCAGUAGCUUACUGUGGAGGAUUGUUCACAGCUGCUGCAAUAGUCUUGGACACAUACAUAGCUAUUUUGUUUCCUUUGCGCUACAUUGCUAUUUUGCCUCCUUCACGAACUAAAAAAAUUAUUGUAUUACUAUGGAUGUGUUCUGGGGCUUUCCCUGGGAUUUUCUUCUUGGUGCUAUCGAGCACUCACAGCUUUGUGCCCUGUGUCCUGGAAACGUGCUCGGUUCCAGUAAUACUACUAUUAACUCUGAAUGGGACUGAUGCUAUGAAACUCUGUUUCUGGCUUUCUACCACGGUUAUCUUUCUCUGCCUGUCUCUAAUAUUUUGUUGCUAUGCUAUUCUGUAUUUUAAAACCAAACAAUCGGGUAUAUGGGCGAGUAGCUGUUCCAGAGCCAGCGUAACAUUCUUAAUGCACAACACUGUGUUAUUUUUUUACUUCUUUCCACUCUUGGCCCUUUUUGUAGAAUCAUUCUUGUGCGUUAACAUUGUCAUCAGACUGCAAACAGGAAUCUGGGUGUGUCUGACGGUCUGCAGCAUCCUGAUGAUUCUGCCUAAAGUUUUGUUCCCUCUUCUGUAUGGGCUUCGAUACAGAGAGAUCUUGGCAUCUCUCAAAUCUAUUGUCAGAAGGAAGCAUCUUCACCUGGCGUCGCCUGCUCCGUUACCAUCCUGAGCCAAUGCAGAGCACGGCCACAGCAGAGGAGCUGCCCUGACAUUGUUAGCAUGUGAGCCUGACAAAAAUCACUCAGCUUCUGAAGAAGUAGUGGUCAACCCAAGUCAGAGAAGAUGUGGGUUGAUUGCUCUGUCUCCUUGGUGCCAGAAAGCCACAGAUCUUUCAUCACAGCUGGGAAUACAGCAAAUGCUACCCUGGACGAAGUUCUAAGCUUUGUUGUGAUGUAGAAGGGCAGUGUCUGUUGGAGGAGAUAUUGAUCCAAGAUAACUUUCACCCACCUGUGGCAGAUGCCUUUCUGGAAAAUAGAAAAUGAAAAAUAGAUGGUGCAAAGCAAAGGGGGAUAGCCACAGGUAUCUUGACAGUAUCACCUACAGUAGAGAGGAUCCUUAACCAAAUGUGCUGUGAACACACCAGCUAUUUCUUUCACUCACAGUGUAUUCUUGCAAGGUUGGUAGCCAGUGUCCUGUUCUUUAAAACAUAUACAGGAAGGUGCCUCAGGAAACUGCCGUACUCGGUGAAAUGUUGUACUUCAUCUUGUGCAGCGUGCUAGCCUAUUAGCUGCCUUAUGGAUUCUGCCUAACAAUCUGCAAAACACUGAAUUUUUAUAAAAUCUGUCUGAUGGGAAGUCACCUUUGAUCAGUGUCUGUUGGGCAGCCCAGCACAUGAUGCUGUCAGGGAGUAACAGAGAGGGAUGGGGUGCUGGGUGAGGGAAAUGGAGCCAGGAGCAGCGGGUCGUAGUGCCUCCCUGCAGGGUGCAGUCCUGCUGUGCCUGUGCCGGCUGAGCCGAGUGGGUGGCUGCGGGCAGCCUGGGCCGGCCCAGAGCCCUGACUCCCCGCUGGGUCCGUACUCAUGUGGCCAGGCCAAGGCUGAGCCCAGCAGCGGGGCAGGAGCAGCGAGGUGCGAGGCUGGGCACAGGUGUACCCGUAGCAUAGCUCAGACGUAACCGGGGUCAGGGACUAAGCGUAAGCACUGCUGCUGAGUCCCUGCCGAGGCAUCUCCCAGUUCUGUCUCGCAAAUCUUAGCAGCCUGAUCCAGGUAACAGCUGUACCACGUCAGAGCUGGUGUUGGGUACCUGCCACCAAACCCCUAGGAAGGUCAGGAGAAGCUGCAGAGCCUGUUGAUGUACUCAGGGGCAAGAAAGAUAAUAUCUUGUAAGAGCCUUUUAGGUCUUCCAGAUCAGCCACCUACCUACAGAAGAUGAGUGAAACAUCUUUCUGAUCUGUAAAGAAACCAAAAUGACAUAAACAUCACUGUGGGAAAUUUGAAUUGCAAUGCCAUUCCUUGGACUUGAGAAAAGAGCUUUCAUAUGUCUAAGGAUAGCAUUUUUAGAAUUUAUUACUUUUUAUAAAAAAAUACAUUGGACUUAAAAAAAUACACAUUAGAAAAUGGCCAUUGAUUUCACUCUGUGCAGUAUUUUCCUUGUGUGCAGACUCUCUCCACCUUCUGUUUGCUUAAAGCAAUACACAGAAAGUGCUGAAUGUGGCUUUUGGGGAUUUCACACUCAUCUGAAGAAUUCCACUAAGUGUGAGCCAGGAGAAGGUUGGUGUCUGGUUGCAUGAGGUGGUUUUUGGCAAUGAAGCCUGUUUGAAAAGUUCCUGCUUAUCUCUUUUUCUCUCCUCAUUCCUAAACUGCUUGCUACUCUCUUCACAUUGCAGUGCCUGCUCUCUGCAGUGUGCUGAUAACAACUGCUUCUGGGGUUGCAGGUUAAAAAUAUCUCUCUGGAGAAGUGGUGGUGUUUUCAUUUUAACUAAGAUUAUCCCAGUGAUCUGUUUUAUAGUAUGUUCUGAGAACAGCUGUGUCAGCACAAUUGAGAGGACAACAAAUUCCAGUUCAGAGGUAGGAAUGAGGCAUGUUAGAGGCUUUGCUGCUAAGGGACGCUUCUUGUGUAAAAGCAUCUUUAAGGUAAAGUUGUUGCAGGUCAAUAAACUGUAUUAUUGUAUAUUUCCUUUAACUAUGGCUCUGUGCUUCCCCUAUUUUGACCAAAAGGAACGUUAAAUUCCUAAUUGCUUUGUUUUCCAGAAAAAAACCCCCACAUUUCUUCUCAAUGCUCUUCAAUAAA